AUGGCUUUGUUCUUGCGGCAGGUGCGCGGGGCGGUGGCGGCCGGCGGAGCGUCUGCGCGGCUGGUGUCUGCGGCGGGUGCGGGCGGCGAGCGCGACAAACCCGGCGGCGGGCACGGGGCUGGCCCGUACGUGGCGGCCAUCGAGUGCCUGCGCCGCAACGUGCCGGCGAUGGUGGCGGGUGGGCGCGGAGGCGCCGGGAGUGAGGCGCCGGCGGUGACGCUUGACGAGGGCGACGUGCGGGCGCUCGACGCGUGGCGCGACUUUCCGCGCCUCCAUCGCGGCUUUGUGCAUGAUCUGCUUGCACGGCGGCAUGGGCGCGGGCCGUACGCGGCGCGGAGCGAGGGGCGGGUCCCGUAUCUGCCGGACGUCGACGUGCCGCCGCCACUGGGCGGCCUGCACGCCGAGGUGACUGCGCCCGGCGGCUCGCUGGAGCUGCCUGCCCCGAUGCUGCUCGACGCGCUGGAGGCGCAGCUGGCAUCGCGGUUUGCGCCUGCGUCGGCGGCGCUCGGCGUCGACUCGCUGGAGGUGGCGGCGGUCGAGCUGGUGGUGCCCGAGUCGGCGAGCGUGGCCGAGGCGUCGCGGCUGGGGUGGGCGACGGCGCUGGAGACGCUCGGCUGGCUCUCGCCGGCCGGCGCCGCCGCCGCCAAGGACUCUGCGGCCGACGCAGCACGGGCGGUGCUUCCGCGUCUGCAGCUCUGGCGCAAGUCGACGCUGCAGGACAUCCUCCGGCCGCGGAUCGGGUUUACGCUCCUCGUCAUUGCGGCCGAAGGCGGGGACGAGGGCAAGACGGCCUCGCUCGUCGAGCUCGCCAACCAGGUCCACGCCUCGGCCAUUGCCGCAGGCAACGCUGGCCUCGACGUUGUCGUCUCGGCGCCCAAGCCGGUCUCGGGCCUCCGGGCGCACCUCACUCAGGUCCUCGACGCCCACGGCGAGGUGGCCAGCGCGUACGGCGACGUCGCCGACUUUGCGCUCGUCGCGCCCAACGGUGCCUUCCACUUUGCCGGCUCUCUCGACAGCGAUCUCGACGGGCUCGAGGCCAAGCUUGCCGAGUACUUUCCGACGCCGACGUCUGCGUAAAUAGUAGCCAUGGGGU